CAUUUUAGCUGUGUAUAGGUGGUACCUCAUACUUUCAGGUCAUGAUUCAGAGCUCAUGAUCUUAGACGGAUGCUGCUCCAAUUCUGUCAACCUCACUUUCCAAUCUUCCCUCACGCGUGAUCAAGACCCCGAGAUAAUUAAACUCCUCCUCCUGGUACGGUCUCCCAUAGCAGGCAAGUCCUGGGUGACGAGACAGACACGGCGGUUCAGAACCCCCUUUAUGGGAACCAGAAGAAAAGAUCACCUGGAUUGGCGUCACCUGGGCCCAGCCUUGGAGCCAGGCCUGGGGUUGGGGCUCGCAGGUUAGCGCCUGGUGACCUCGGUCUCCUCCCACUGGCCCCAGUCGGGCCCAGCUCAAGGUAACGACAUGAGCUCACUCUCCUGUGGACCCAGCACCUUUUGAAGAGCGCAGAAGAGGCUGGUAUCAUGUGGUUCGGCGGCCCAAACCACGGUCUUGGAAAAUUGGCAUCACCCCCCCAGCACCCAAAACAGCUGACUGCAGAAGAAGGUCAGCUGAUCUAUUUAUAGCAGAGUCUCUCUGAGUUGGAGGGGCUCUGUCACAGUCCUGCACACCUCCUCCGCCUGCCGACCAGCCAGCCUCCGUCAUGCCCGGCAGCCAGGCCCGGAACCGGGUCCGAGACCGGAACAAUGUCCUGAACCGCCCCGAGUUCAUAUCCCUGAACCAGCCACCACGCAGGGAGCACGCAGCGGGGGAGAGCCGGGGGGCCGGGGGUACGAGGAGACCCGCGUUCAAACAGCAGAGUCAGCAGGAGGACGCGGGAGGGAGGGGGCCUAGGGAGUCCUCUGAGGGGGGCCCCGUUGCAGAUGGGGGACCAAAGGAUGCGUCCCGUUGGCCAGAGCAGGACUGUAUGCAGCUUAACCCCACCUUCAGAGGGAUUGCCAUCAACUCUCUGCUCGCUAUUGACAUUAGCCUGUCCAAGCGUCUUGGUAUGUGCGUGGGGGCCCACAGCCCGGGGGCCCCACUGCGAUCCAUGGUGACCCUGCUGGCCUUCACAGGACACGCCUUCCCCUGGAUCUGUGGGACAUUGAUCUGCCUGUGGAGGAGCAACACCUUAGCUGGACAGGAAGUCCUGGUUAAUCUGCUGUUAGCCCUGUUCCUGGACCUGAUGACAGUAGCUGGAAUGCAGAAGCUGGUGAAGCGGAAGGGCCCGUGGGAUUACCCCCCAGGACUUUUGGACUACAUCGCUAUGGACAUGUAUUCUUUUCCAGCGGCUCACGCCAGUAGGGCCGUCAUGGUGUGCAAGUUCCUUCUUAAUCACCUCGUCCUGGCGGUGCCGUUGAGGAUCCUUCUCUACCUAUGGGCUUUCCUGGUGGGUGUGUCCCGGGUGCUUCUGGGUAAACAUCACCUUUCGGACGUAGGUUGUGGAUUUGCUCUGGGCUUCCUGCACUUCAGUCUGGUGGAGUCCGUCUGGUUGGAUUCUGCUACCUGUCAAACUCUCAUCUCCUUUGGCACGUUCCGCUGGACUCCACUGGUGUAGAACCAGCUCAGUCAGGAGCGAGACUGCUGCAGACUUUUGGAAGCUCAGCCUGCCAGAGCGUCAUCAUCAACGUCACGUUGCUCCACUGAAUGCAACAGAUGCAGACUGAGCUGAAAUGUGUUGGAAUGAUGAGGUCCAUGUUGGUUCAGGUUUUGACUGGUGCUGCGUUCAUGAUGGUUUUGGAACGUCUGGUCAGUCUGGGUUCAGUUUUACACACUACAUGGGGGGUUGACUAUAGAAUCAGUGUUCAUUCAGAGAUAUUAAUGAAUUAAUAAACACAAUUUUUAGGCUCAUACUUUAAAUUUUUAGGAGGAUUUUUUUUAAAGUUUGGACUUCCUGUUUUACUUUGUUAACUUCUCAGUACAAAAGCUAAACCUCAGUGUUUACAGUUGGAUGAAUCAGUAAGUUUUAGUCUUUUUGAAGUAUCAUCUAUUAUUUUUUUAUUAUGGUUCAUAUUAAGAUCAUUUUUGACAAGUUAAACUUCAUAAUUACGUCUGACCUCUCGUAAGUCCCGCCCCCUAAAAAUGUAAAUGACGAUGUCAACAAAAUAAAACUAUGGUGGAAAAUGUAGUUGUAUUAAAGGGAAAAAUGCCACUUUUUUGAAAACAAUGUUAUGAAAAACCAUAAAAACCACUAAGACAAAUGAAGGAAGCCAUUGACUGUUAAUUUAUUUUAUUUUUUUAUGACGCCUGAUUAAAAUGAUUGUGGAAGUUGUUUUUAAAUGAAGAGUGAACUAAAAUGGUCAAGUUUCACUGUGGUUUGAUAUAAACAUGGUUUCAUAC